AUGCCGAGCAUGUAUUUGGACCAAAGCACGCUAUUUGUCCUCCUCAUCUUUUUCCCCAUCGAGGUCAUAGGUGGCUCAGCUUUCGAUCAGUCCUUCAAGAACCCGUCCAUGCUGCUGUACUUCGCCUUCUAUCUCCUGUGCAUCAGUCUCGCUUCGCGUUGCCUCUUACCGCUCGACGUCGACGCUUCCACCAGCACACUGACACUGGUGCAAGCCAUACAAGACUCCUUUUCACAAGGAAGAGCAGACCAACCACACGCUACGCUGCUGAGCAUCUCUCUGAUCGGAGGACUGGCAGCCCUUGCAUUAUACCUUUACGCCUUGAGGCACAUGUUGAAAGCGCACAGACUAAGCCUGAUUGGUUCCAACGAUGCGCCGACCAAGCUGCUCAAGAGCGGUCCAUGGCACCACAUCAGACACCCAUUCUACACUUCUUACAUGAUCAACAUCAUCUGCAUCGCUUUAGCUUCUGCUCCAACGACCCGCAACCGUUUCAUAGCGGCAGCAUCAGCCAUCGGUGUUUCUGUGGUCUGGGCUUUUGCUGCCAAGAGAGAAGAAGCUAAAUUCGAGCAGAGCAAGCUCAAAGAAGAGUACGAGGCUUACAAACGUCAGACUGGCAUGCUGUUUCCCAGUCUCACAAGUACAACGUGCCAGUCAAGACGGCUCAAGUAG